AUGGAGGGUGCAAACCAGACCGGAAUGAUUCACCUCCACUUCCACCCCUUCUCCAAACUCCCCGAGGUACAGCUGCUGAUUUUCGUGACCUUCCUGAUUAUGUACCUGGUCAGCAUCAGCAGCAACCUCUCCAUUUCUCUCAUCAUCUGGAUUGACCGUUCUCUCCAUGCCCCCAUGUACUUCUUCCUGGCCAACUUGGCAGCUCUGGAGAUCUGCUACUCUUCCACCAUUGCCCCUCUGACUCUGGCAAGCACCCUGUCCAUGGAAAAAACCCUCAUCUCCCUGCCUGGCUGUGGUGCCCAGAUGUUCUUCUUCAUAUUCCUGGGCAGCGCUGACUGCAUUCUGCUGGCCGUCAUGGCCUAUGACAGGUUCGUGGCCAUCUGCCACCCUUUGCGUUACACCCUCGUGAUGAACUGGUGGUUUUGUGCCCGACUGGCCCUGGGCUCUCUGGUGUUGGGGUUCAUCUUGGCCAUGCAGCUGACUGUGCUCAUCUUCCAACUCCCCUUCUGUAAGAGCAAAGAAAUCGGUGUGUUCUAUUGUGAUGUCCUUCCUGUUAUGAGAUUGGCCUGUGCAGAUACCCGGGUCCACGAGGCCACUCUGUUUGUGGUCGGUGUCACUGUCUUCACCAUCCCCUUCCUACUUAUCACCGUGUCCUAUGUCUCCAUCGUGGCUGCCAUCCUGAAGAUCCGCUCUGGAGGGAGGCACAAGGCCUUCUCCACCCGCUCCUCCCACCUGACCAUGGUUCUGCUCCAGGAUGGAGGUGCGAGCCUCAUCUACCUGUGCCCCAGCUCCAGCUACUCUCCAGAGAGGGGCCAGGUAGUGUCUGUGGUUUACACAUUCAUCACCCCUAUGCUGAACCCCUUGACCUACAGCAUGAGGAACAGAGAGCUUAAGGAUGCUUUGAAGAGAGCAUUGAUGAGGGUCCUGUCAUCCUAA